AUGGCCGAAGAAUCGCAACCCCGGCCGUUCAAAUCUCCAUUCCCACAUCAGCCCGCAGCAACGGCAAGCUCCUCAACCGACUCCAAAGAUGAUGACUCGAAGACCAAACUAGCCAACGGUGUUGUCCUAGACAAAGAUGGGAAACCGUACGUCCAACCUAAAUCCAAUUGCCCCGAUGCUCCUCCAGAAAUACUAACCCAGAUGUCUUCCAGAUGCCGUCUCUGCACCUCCGCCGCAUCAUGGCGCUCUCUCACCAAGCAAGCCAAAGCCUCCGGCGCCGCAUCAACAGCAGCUUCGACCUCCUCCAACGACCCCGUCGCAAACCCCCCCUCCUCCAAUCCCACCCCGUCGCGAAAUGAAUGCCCCCCGGACGUUGAGAACCUCGGCCGCUCAACCUGGACCCUCCUCCACUCGAUGACGGCGACCUACCCGACGAAAGCAACAACAGAGCAGCAGACAGAGAUGCGCACGUUCCUGAAGCUCUUCUCGCGACUGUAUCCGUGCUGGGUGUGUGCGGACGAUUUCCGCACGUGGAUGGCGGAGCCGAGUGGGAAGAACCAGCCGCGGUUGGGCGGCCGAGCGGACUUCGGGACGUGGAUGUGCGAGGCGCACAAUGAGGUGAAUCGCAAGCUGGGGAAGAAGGAGUUUGAUUGUCGGUUUUGGGAGGAGCGGUGGAGGACGGGUUGGAAGGAUGGGAGGUGUGACUGA